GUCAAUUAAGGCGACUGUGCAUACCUCUUAUCUCUGUUUUUUAAACAUUGCUGUGCGCUGAGAAGAAGAAAGCCCCUUUUGCUCUUGACGUCAUCAGCCAGAGACGAAAAUCGUGUUCCUCAGUGCGCACGCGCUGUGUUUGCCGCCGAGCAAUGCGAGUGAGCCGCUGUCAUGAUCCGGCUUUGGAUGCCGUUGUUGAGCCGGGGAGUUGCCUGGCGGCAUUUGUCUGUGUUGUCAAACCAGACAGGAUUUCAUCCUGGUGUUUCAGCUAGUGUGACAGACACAGCUUCGUUACGAGAAACAUGUCCAGACGUAGUCUCCAGUGAGCCCAACCUACGGAAAUGCAGCAUUGCCAUCCCCAAACACCUUGCACCUGUCCAAGCCUGGGUGGAAUCCCUAAAGCAUUACGACGCCAGACAUGUGGGCUUGACGGACCUGCAUCCAGAUGUAUUUGCAGUAAUGCCCCGCAUCGAUAUCCUACACACAGUGGCCAUCUGGCAGAAGAAUUUCAAGAGAAUUAGUUAUGCCAAGACAAAGACCCGAGCAGAGGUGCGUGGUGGUGGCAGAAAGCCCUGGCCACAGAAGGGCAGCGGACGGGCCCGGCAUGGCAGUAUCCGUUCACCUUUGUGGCGUGGGGGUGGUGUUGCCUUUGGCCCUCGUGGUCCCACCAGCUACUACUACAUGAUCCCCAUGAAAAUGCGUGUCCUGGGCCUCAAGGUGGCGCUGACGACCAAACUGGCACAGGAUGAUCUACAUGUCAUAGACUCUCUAGAGAUGCCAACCUCUGACCCCCAGUAUCUAAUGGACCUGGCCCGAUACAGGCACUGGGGAGAGUCGGUGCUGAUUGUGGAUGUCAAUGAGAUACCUGAGAACAUCAAAGCUGCAGUGAGUGGCCUUAAAACCAUCACAGUACUGCCAGUCAUAGGCCUCAAUGUACACAGUAUGCUGAAGUACGAAACUCUGGUGCUGACCCUGGAUACAAUUUCUUUCCUGGAAAAAAAGCUGUUGUGGCAUGACACGCGAUACAGACCACUGUACCCCUUCCGGUUGCCCUACAGCGACUUCCCGUAGCCUUUGUGGUCAAGAUGAAUAGCUGUGUGCAUUGGUAGCUGUGUACUAAAUGCCUCCCAUUCCUUGUGUCCUCAGAAGUGUAAAUUUCCCCCCCUAAUAAGAACAUUAAAGCUAACUUGUCUGCCAA